CAGAGAACUGACUGCAUCCUGUGACUGUGUGGGUCUUCAAACUUCUACAAUGUUUUGCCUGAAGGAUGGACGUUGCUGUAAAAUGCCACUUGGGGCCAUCUGUGUCUUGCUUUUUCAUCACUCUAUUUUUUUCUUUCAGUUUUGUGGAGGUGUGUCUCAGGUGGUUGGUCCAUCUGAGCCAGUUGUGGCAAUAGUUGGUGAUGACACUGUGUUACCAUGCCAUCUGGAUCCUGCUGUGAAUGCUGCUGAUAUGACAGUAGAGUGGACACGAUCUGACCUCACACCUAAAUUUGUGCAUGUUUGGCGUGAUGGCGUGGAGCUCGUGAAUAAAAAAAAUGAAGCCUACAUGGAAAGAACGUCACUACCCAUUAACAACCUGAAGCUCGGAGACAUUUCACUAAAACUCUCCAAAGUGAAACUGUCAGAUAGGGGAUCAUACAAAUGCUUCAUUCCUGCCCUUAGUGGACAAGCUAGUGUUGAGCUUGUUGUUGGUGUAGUUUCAUCACUUAUUAUCACUUUAAUGAGAAAUAGUGAGGACAGUAGUAAAGUGGUGUUACAGUGUGAGUCUGCAGGCUGGUAUCCAGAGCCUGAGCUGCUGUGGUUGGACAGUGAGGGAAACCUCCUCUCUGCUGGACCUACAGAGACCCUCAGAGGUCCUGAUGACCUCUAUACUGUCAGCAGCAGAGUGACUGUGGAGAAGAGACACAGCAACAACAUCACCUGCAGACUCCAACAGAGGAACACCAACCAGAGCAGAGAGACACACAUACAUGUUCCAGGUGAUUUAUUUAAUCCUCCAUGUAGUUCUGCUGGUCACAUCAUCAUAAGUGUUGUUGUGACAGUCCUGCUUAUUCUUGCAGUUGUCUCUGUUGUCUGGAAAUAUCGUUCUAAACGCCAAGGAGGAAACACAAAAAUUUCCACUGAUCACAGAGAAUGUCAGCCCCUCACUGAGAAAAAAAGAGAAGCACUGGAUCUCACAGAAGAUAGUACUGACACUGUCGACUUUGAUAUGGAACAAGAAAACCUCAACACUUGGUUUAAAGAAGGAGAGGAAGACAAAUUUAACUUGAUAAUGAUGGUUCAAUUUUUAAUGAGUCAUAAAUGUGACUUAGAAAAUGAUAUUUAUAAACUGAAACUGAAACUGCUCGAGCUACAAAAACAGCAAGAUGAAAAUCCGAGUCAGCUGGUAAACAAUAUUAAACAAAUAGAACAAAAUGACACAAAAUCUGACAAAAUAAAUGAAGAACAGGGUAUGGAAAAAGAAACUAAUUUUGAAACAAUGAAGGAAAACCUUGAAAAAGAAAUAGAGGAAAAGGAAACACAAAGAAAAUCAGUGUUGUAUGGGGUUGAUGUAAUGACAGAGAAGAAGAAAGAGUUAGAUAACACUUUAUACAAAAUUCAUACACAGAGGGAGAAAAUAGAGAAGAGGAGAAAUGAAGUUCAUAUACAGUUUCAACCAGGCAAUUCAGAGGCAUAAAAGUGAACAUUAAAUAACGUUCACAUUAUUCAUUUAAUCAUCCAUUUAUCACAGUUAAAAAAGUAAGACAUUUACAAUCUCUAACACAGCACUACAAGAUAUAUUUCAUGGAUGAAAGCAAAUUCAAAACAGCAGCUAUAGUAAAGACAAUAUGGAUUUUACUUAUUUCACAGAAGAGAGCCUGUCAUCACCAUUUUUAACACAGCAGAAGAAAUUGGUUGAAAGACCCUAGUGACACAAUUUUAAAUGUACUUCAGUGUCCUCUAGUGGCCAUAUGAUUUAUGACAACUGCAUAUAAGGAGAAAUGUGUUUCAGAGCCAAAAGACAGUUGCACUCUUUCAGUC